UUAGACAAGGAGAUGGUGUGGUUACGAUAAAAUGUCCUGUUGAUGACAAGCCGAGCCAUCUAUAUGUAAUCUCACAUUAUAAAAUGUCUAACAUAGAAAAUGUGUUGGUGAAGGAUAGAUGGAAAUUCAGCGAAGCUACCAUUAGAUUACAUACAAAUGACAACCAUCCGCUUAAUACCAGUCUUAAUCAAACAAUACAGUCAAUAUUCGAUACUAUGCUAAGAGAUCCCAAGCGUGAAACUCGCAAAAGCAAGACACCAAUUUGAUUAUUAUAUGCAAAAAUAAAUUUAUUUAAUAAACAAAACAUUAUAAUAUUAUAUUA